CGAUACUUUAUAUCAGUGAGGAGGACUUCAACUUGAGAUUCAAUAUCAAAGUGGUAGUGAAGCGAACAAGAACAAUGGCGUUUGGUCUAGCCUAUGUAGUGAUCGGUGUGAUUUCGUUUAUUAUUUAUGUGAAAUGGCGUCAAUCAUAUUGGAAGAGGAAAGGAGUGCCCAGCUCAGACGCAGAUUUUCUAUUGGGGGAUAAUACGAAGAUUUUCACAAACCAAGAAUCUUUGGGAGAAAUCUCCGUUAACAGGUACAAUAAGUUCAAGGCACAAGGCAAGAAGCAUGCAGGCUUUUACAACUUUCUUCAGCCUGUCUACUUCCCGCUGGAUACAGACAUUAUCAAACACAUCAUGCAACAGGACGCGAAUUACUUUGCUUCCCAUGCAACUUACAACAAUCCAGACGAUGUCUUAUCCAAGCAUCUGUUUGCCUUGGAGGGUGAACGUUGGAAGGACCUACGGGCGAAACUGACUCCUGCCUUUACAUCAGGAAAAUUGAAAAUGAUGUUUGAAACUCUAACAAAUAAAACCGUCGGUUUGGAAAACGCGGUUGCAAAAAUGGUGGACAAAAAAGAGGCAUUCGUCCUCAAAGAAUUUCUGUGCAACUUUACCACUGAUGUGAUUGCCAGCUGUGGCUUCGGAAUUGAAUCCGACUGUUUGGGCGAUCCAAAUGAUGCCUUCAGAAGAGCCGGAAAAAAAAUAUUCGAACCCAGACCAUUCAAACUCGCUUUACUCAGUCUUUUCAAUUGGGAUUUUUUGGCGAAACUUGGAUACAAACAUUUUCCAAACGAAUUGACAGUUUUCUUUACAAACGUGGUUACCAGUACUAUCAGGCACAGAGAAAAUAAUCAAAUAUUCAGAAAGGAUUUCAUGCAUUUGCUGCUUCAGUUGAAGAACCAAGGAGUGCUUUCUGAUGAUGAUAAAGUUACCGGCUCCGGUAACGGAAAAGGAAUUAUAUCGGAAAGCGACAUUAUUGCCCAGUGCUUCGUCUUCUUCAUUGCUGGCUUUGAAACUUCCUCUAGUACCAUGACUUUUACUAUGCUGGAACUCGCUCAACAUCAGGAUAUUCAAGACAAAUUGAGAAAGGAAAUUUUGGAGGUUUUGGCGAAACAUGAUGGAAAAAUCACUUAUGAAGCUGUAAUGGAAAUGCCCUAUUUGGACAAAGUCAUCUCUGAGGCCUUAAGAAAAUUCCCACCUCUACCCGUCAUUCCACGACGAUGCACUAAAACGUACAAAGUGCCCGGAACUGAUUUGGUAUUGGAGCGGGGCACAGAUGUGCAAAUUCCAGUUUGGGCCAUCCAGAACGAUCCUGAAUAUUACGAGAAUCCAGAGGUUUUCGAUCCAGAGCGAUUCUCAGAAGAAAACAAAGCGGCCAGGCCAGAAUACGCUUUCUUUCCUUUCGGUGCUGGACCUCGCGUUUGCAUUGGCUUGAGACUUGGCAAACUUGAAACUAAAGUCGGAUUAAUUACGCUGCUGAGAAAAUUCAAGUUCACCAUCAACAAGAAAACGCCAUUUCCAAUUCAGAUGGAGAAACGAGGAUUUAUCAGCACCAUCCAAGGAGACCUUUGGGUCGAUGCUGUUAGAAUAUAAGGCAUGUGAACUAAGUAUUCCUGCGGCGUUAUUACUGAUAUUUUUAAUAUUUAUUCCCGGUUGUGAACAUAUUCUUAAUUUGAUAGGCAUUUAUUUAAACUGAUAAGACAAAAGUUGCAUUAUUAGAGAAAUAAAUGUUUUUAAAUAAAUACUCCUUAACAGCAUGCUAGAUGGAUAAAACAA